AAUGUCUGUAUUUUAUUUUGAAGGUCCGAUGUUACUACGCUGGUACUGCCUCUAUGUUCUAGUAAUAGCUGUAAAUGGGACAACAGAAUGUUUUGUGUUUGCUACAAUGAGUAAAUCUCAAGUUGAUAGAUAUAAUCAAAAGAUGGUGGCAUUUUCAGUGUUGUUUUUAAUCUCCUCCCUCGUCCUCACAUCAUACCUGGGAAGUGUUGGUUUUAUUUUAGCUAACUGCCUUAAUAUGAUUGCUAGAAUUUUACACAGUAUCUAUUAUAUUGGAGAGUAUUACAAGAAUAGUGAAUAUAAACCAUUAAGUAAUGUAUGUCCAUCUCCCUAUGUGAUUGCUAGUCUUUUACUGUCACUGUGUCUAACAUGCAUGUCUGAGAGUUAUUUUUGCUGUGAUAAAGGAGCAGUUUACAGAUUACUACAUAUAUGUAUAGGAGGGCUAGCAUUAUGUUCGACCCUUGCUGUGAUCUACUGGAAAGAAACUCAUGUUGUCACCUUUGUAAAUGACCAGUACAGGAACAGACAUAAACAUUGAUGAUAAACAUUGACAGAAAUAUAAUUAGGGAUCAAUUAGUGAAUUUUACAUUGUUUUAUAAAUUAUUUCUAUAUAACUUCAUGUAGCCAUGAUUCAAACAAUUCCUUUUAACUUUGAGUUAAAUGAACUAAGACAAGUCUCACUUAGAAAAUUAUUGUUCUAAUCAUAUUGUGGCCAAAUUGUUAUUUAAAUGAGGCGAAUCGUUUAGUUGCGGAUCGUUAUUGUGGCAAAUCGUUACUAAUUCAUUCAAGCUUUAUAUUGCAGUCUCCUUUGAAAUUUGAUACAUGAAAUUGUAAAUAAAAUAAGGAAGAAUUUAUCAACACAUUAAUUUGUUAAAAAGGACCAGACUUUUUAUAUUAUACAAACUUGAAAGCAAUGUUAAUUAUUGAUGAAAAUUGUUUCUUUGUAUUUAAAGAUAUAUAUAAAUCAAUAUUAAAUGUAAAAUAAAC